AUGUAUCUGGAGCACAGGAAAAAUGUCAUAUGUGAAAAACCCCUGGCCAUGAAUUCCAGAGAGGUGAAAGAACUCAUAGCAGCUGCCAGGAAAUACAAUGUCUUCUUCAUGGAGGCCAUGUGGAGUCGAUAUUUUCCUGUGUAUGAUCAGAUCCGUUCCCUUUUAUCCCAGAAGACCAUAGGGGAUGUAAAGGUUGUCCGGGCAGAAUUUGGCUCUAACCAGAAUCAUGUCCCCCGGGCAGUGAGAAAGGAGCUGGGAGGAGGGGCUGCUGGAUAUUGGCUGCUACUGUCUCCAGUUUGCAUUGAUGGUAUUUAA